AUGGACUCGAGCGAGGAGGAACUGUUGUUAGUACUUGUAAUGAGGAGGAGGAGGAGGAGGAGAAUGAAGACAAAACGUUCAUUACACACACAUCCACUGCUACGUGAUCGGCUGGAGAAAGGAUUGUAUUACACCCUUUAUGACGAUCUGAGACAAUCCGGGAAGAAGUUUUUUCAGUAUUUUCGAAUGUCAAAAACUUCAUUUGAUGAACUACUAGAAAAUGGGAAAGAAGCAAUCACAGGAAAAGACACUAUACUAAGGAAGGAUUGUCCCUGCAACAAACAAAAACCACCAUACUGGUACUUGGGGGCCGGAUCAUCCAUGAUGGGCUUACAUUUUCAGUACAGAAUUGGAGUAUCAACUAUCUCGUAUAUUAUACGACACGUUUGCUCUGCCAUAUGGCGUAAAAUGAAGUCAAUAUGUUUUCCCGACCUCUCGAAAGAUCUAUGGCUUGCCUCAGCUGAAGGAUUCCAUAAGAAGGCCAACUUUCCUCAUUGUGUGGGUGCAGUGGACGGGAAGCACAUCAGAAUUGUAAAACCCACUUCCAGUGGUUCACUCUACUAUAAUUAUAAGAACUAUUUUUCCAUUCUGUUGUUAGCUGUUUGUGAUUCGACGUACAAAUUCUUAUUUAUAGACGUUGGAGCAUAUGGGAAAUCGUCCGACUCAACUGUGUUUCGUAAUACAGUGUUAAAUAAUAAACUACAAGAUGGUACGCUAGAUUUACCUGCACCAAAACAACUGUCAUUAUCGUUUGAAAGACCUAUGCCAUUCAUGACAUGUCACCUUGCUUGGUCCGUGGAGGAAAUAUUGCGAACAGUAUCAGAGAAGAUUUCGCAAACUACUUCAUCAGCCCUGAAGGCGAAGUGCCAUGGCAGCUGCAAAAAAUCUAAGUGCUAG